GCCGUGGCCGGAGGUUGCGCGCGUCGCGGCCGGAAGCCGGCGGGGCGGGCGCUGGAGGGUUCGAGAAGCGGCCGGAGGCGGCGGCGGGCGCCGGGGCGGCCCCGCCAUGGUGGAUUACAGCGUGUGGGACCACAUUGAGGUCUCGGACGACGAGGACGAAACUCACCCCAACAUCGACACCGCCAGCCUCUUCCGAUGGCGGCAUCAGGCUCGCGUGGAGCGGAUGGAGCAAUUCCAGAAGGAAAAAGAAGAGCUGGAUAAAGGAUGCAGGGAAUGCAAACGGAAACUCGCCGAAUGCCAGAAGAAAAUGAAGGAGCUGGAAGUGGGGGAUCCGGAAAGCGGGAAAGGGGAGUUGGAAAAGCUCCAAGCCGAAGCCCAGCAGCUGAGGAACGAAGAGAAAAGCUGGGAGAAUAAAUUGGAGGAGCUGAAAAAGAAGGAGAAAAACAUGCCCUGGAACGUCGACACCCUCAGCAAAGAUGGUUUCAGCAAGAGCGUUUUCAACGUCAAACCGGAGGAGAAGGAAGAAACGGAAGAACAGAAAGAGAAAAAACACAAAACUUUCGUGGAGAGAUACGAGAAGCAGAUCAAACACUUCGGGAUGCUGCGGCGCUGGGACGACAGCCAGAAAUAUCUCUCGGAUAACCCGCACCUCGUUUGCGAGGAGACGGCUAAUUACUUAGUCAUCUGGUGCAUCGAUCUGGAGGUGGAAGAGAAACACGCCCUGAUGGAGCAGGUCGCCCACCAGACCAUCGUCAUGCAGUUCAUCCUGGAGCUGGCCAAGAGCCUGAAGGUGGAUCCCAGGGCUUGUUUCAGGCAGUUUUUCACCAAAAUUAAGACGGCCGACCAGCAGUACAUGGAGGGUUUCAACGACGAGCUGGAAGCCUUCAAAGAGCGGGUGCGGGGGCGAGCCAAGGUGCGCAUCGAGAAGGCGAUGAAGGAAUACGAGGAAGAGGAGCGGCAGAAACGCCUGGGCCCCGGCGGGCUGGACCCCGUGGAGGUCUACGAGUCCCUCCCGCCUGAGCUGCAGAAAUGCUUUGACGUAAAAGACGUUCAGAUGUUGCAAGACACCAUCAGCAAAAUGGAUCCCACCGAGGCCAAGUACCACAUGCAGCGCUGCAUCGAUUCGGGGCUCUGGGUCCCCAACGCCAAAGGGGGGGAAGCGGCCGAGAAAGGGGGGGGCGGCGGCGGCGGCGAAGCCCUUUACGAAGAAAUCAAGAAGGAAAACGGCGACGAGGAGAAAGGAACCGCGUGA